UAGCCUCCGCUCCUCCCACCGGUAGUAGCCGGGGUUGUGCGGGAAGGUGGAAGGGCGCGCUUUUCAACCGCCAUGAGCCUGUGGGUGGACAAGUACAGGCCCAGCGCCCUCAGCCGCCUGGAUUUCCACCGCGAGCAGGCGGCGCAGCUCCGCAGCCUGGUUCAGUGUGGUGACUUCCCUCAUCUGUUGGUGUAUGGGCCAUCAGGAGCUGGAAAGAAGACAAGGAUAAUGUGUUUGUUAAGAGAAUUAUAUGGUGCGGGUGUGGAGAAACUGAGGAUUGAGCAUCAGAGUAUAACGGCACCUUCUAAAAAGAAAAUUGAAAUUAGCACGAUUGCAAGUAAUUACCACCUUGAAGUUAACCCAAGUGAUGCUGGAAAUAAUGAUCGUGUAGUGAUUCAGGAACUCUUGAAGACAGUAGCACAAUCCCAGCAACUUGAAACAAGUACCCAGCGAGACUUUAAAGUGGUGCUGUUAACAGAAGUCGACAAACUCACUAAAGAUGCCCAGCAUGCUUUGCGAAGAACGAUGGAGAAGUACAUGGCAACCUGCAGACUUAUCCUGUGCUGCAACUCCAUAUCAAAAAUUAUAGGACCUAUUCAAAGCAGAUGCCUGACUGUACGAGUGCCUGCUCCCAGCAUUGAAGAUAUCUGUCACGUGUUGUCCAGUGUGUGUAAGAAAGAGGGCCUGACUCUCCCACAGGAAUUGGCUCAAAGGCUUGCAGAGAAAUCUGGCAGGAAUCUUCGGAAAGCACUGCUGAUGUGUGAGUCUUGCAGAGUACAACAGUAUCCUUUCAGUGCUGAGCAAGACAUACCUGAGAUGGACUGGGAAAUUUAUCUGAGAGAAACUGCAAAUGCUAUUGUCAGUCAACAGACACCGCAAAGACUUCUAGAGGUUCGUGGACGGCUCUAUGAACUCCUAACGCACUGCAUUCCUCCUGAGAUUAUAAUGAAGGGUCUCCUGACAGAACUUUUGAAUAAUUGUGAUGGACAACUGAAAGGAGAAGUUGCACAGAUGGCAGCCUUCUAUGAACAUCGCUUGCAGCUGGGCAGCAAAGCCAUUUAUCAUCUUGAAGCAUUUGUAGCAAAGUUUAUGGCAAUUUACAAGAAAUUUAUGGAGGAUGGACUAGAUGACAUGAUGUUCUAAGCCUGAUAUACCUGAAGUUGUAUACAGUAUGUUAUAUCAUAAGUAUGCCAUGUUAGUUUUCUGCUGCCCAUGCCUGUUGGCAUGUGGUCUCGUUCAAAGUCAAAUAUAUUACUUCCUUAUGGAUAUAAACCACAAUGAGCUAAAGAAUAGUGUUCAGUUUUGGAAACCAGAUGGAUUGUUUAAUAGCAUCAGUAUGGAAAAUACUUUGUGCUUUCAGAAAGGCAAAAGAUUGCCUCUGAAGAUGGAUUAGAUGAUAGUCUACUUGUAGUAUUUGUAAGCUUACAUUAAGAAGAGAGAACAUGCUUUUUGGUUUGUUUAUUUUUUUGCUGUUAGCAAGGCAUAUAUCCAUGUUGUAAAUUACUGUUUGAGCAUGUAUGUAUAUAUUUUGCCUACUCAUAUAUCUCAUUGUUUGUUUUGGUUUUUUUUGUUUUAGCCACAUUAUUGUUAGUGAUGUGGUGACACAAUGUUUUCUGACUCACAUUUGUAAGCAGUUGUGUUGAAAUUAGAUGUGUAGUGCUUUUGUGUUGCUUGUAAGUCAGUUGGACAGCAUCAAAGUUUGUUUAAGAGGAAUCUGCCCGUAUAAAGUAAGACCACACGCCAGCUGACACUUUCAUAUUAGUUCCAAUGCACUUAACUGCUCAGAUAAAGAUUAUUCCUUUAACUCUGGUAUAAUCAGUGGUAAGGUUUCAAGUUUUAACAAGUAUGUCUUUUUAAGAAGUGAAAGAAAAGAAUGUGAACAACAUAUUAAAUGCCAAAUUAGUGUUUUAUGCCAUGUAGGUGAUUACGUUAAACUAGGUAUAUGCAUUCAUUUACUUUUUAUGUAAACUGGCUUUCAGAAAAGUGGGGCAAUACUCCACAGUGCAAGUCUUCAGGGAAACAUCAAGGUAAAGGAAGCUAUGCCAAUAUGUUCUGCAGGUCUUUCAUGUGUUAUUCCUAUGUACUGUGGUUCCUUAACAUUGACUAAAUUAAUGCUAUUUGUCUCUUUCACUUGUCUGAUUUAGACAACUUAGAAAAAAAUAUCAUAUAGAAAUUAAUUAAAUUCCCAAUCACCUCUCCUCAUUCAUCGUCUUUGGAAGCCUGAGCAUUCAUGUGUGUACUGUUAAUACACUUCUUACUUUCCUGUUCAGUGCUAGUGUGCUUUAUAUUGUACUGGUUUUGUAUUUGAGGAUGUCUAGAGGAUGGACAUCGUCUUCCCUCUGCUCUUGUGCCACAAAUCCACAGCGCUGUGAGAAUCCAGACUGACUGAUGAAGAUCCCAGAAAACUCAUUUUGUUAGUUCUGAAAGAAGGUAGCAGAAUCAAUAAGUGUGGAGAUAAAUGCUCAAAUAUUUUACAAGGGAGAUACAGGACUGGGAAAGGGAGGCAGAAUUACUACGUGUACUAAUUGCCUGCUCUUUCAGGAACCUAGUCUAUGCUCAUUUUCAAUACCAAACAAGUCUUGCUUAUUGCCCGCUGUAACUCAAGGAAGUCAUGACAAGGCUAAGUGCCCCUUACAAAUAUUUGCUUGCUUUUACUUUUAAUCCAUUGUGGAAAGAGUGUAAUGGAAAGGGUAUAAAAGGCAUUGUGACUUGGAAAACGUAGUGACCUCCCUGUUCCCAUCCUGCUUUCUACGAGUUAAAGCAGCUUUUUGUUCAUCAUUUAUCUAUUACUGUGUUUUUCAAUUGUAUCAUCUGCUGUUUAACAUCCUGCUCUGUGAAUCAUUCUCAUAAAUUAAGCAGGAUCAGUAUUGACAUGGAGAAGAGAGAGAAGAUACGUCAGUUGGAGGCAGUGGAUUGUUGCUUCAAAAGACCUCACCUGUUCAGUGUAGAAGUUUAAAGUCCCAACAUAACUGUGUGGCUGUGCUUUAUGUAGUUGAGUGGUUUUGGUUUUUUGUGCUCUACCUCACCUGGGACAAGUAAUCAAGGAUAGGGGGAAAGGGGGGUAAUGAUCGAUGGUCUACUGGAAUGGACUGCCCAGGGAGGUGGUAGAGUCACCAACUCUGGGGCCGUUCAAGGAAGGACUGGAUGUUGUGUUGAGGGACAUGGUUUAGUGGGGGCUAUUAGUAAUAGGUGAACGGUUGGACUGGAUGAUCUUUUAGGUCUUUUCCAACCUUGGUGAUUCUAUGAUUCUAAUGGUGGAGAAAAUGGCUGAUGCAACAACAGGAAGCUGCUGUUUCUUACUGUUGGUCCUGCUUCUUUGUGUGUUGUGGUCUGGAACGCACAAACUUAAAUACGCAGCCACAGAAUCUCUGAAGUCUGUACGUGUCUCCUACAGGGCCUGUAUUUUUAAGUGCAUUUGUUUCCAGGACAACUAGUAACCGCUUGAGUUUUUCAAUACAAAAAUACAUCAGAGCAUGUGCUUAGAGGUAGUCAUCAAAACAGAGAAUAGCCUGGGUUGGAAGGGAACCACGAGUGUCAUGAAAUCCAACUUAUGGCCCCAUGCAGUGCCACCCAAAAUCCAGACCCUACAUCUGUGAGUGUUGUUCAAAUGCUCUUUGAACUCCAGCAGAUUUGGCACUGUGACUGCUGCCCUGCAGAGCCUGUGUACCAGCAAGUGGGGGUGAGGGUAAAAAACACAGACUUCUGCUGUUUUUUCCACUUACAUGGUGCUAUUACGUGGUAGCCUGUCUUACCACAAAAGCAGAACCUCUGUGGGGUGAGAAAGCAUCUUGGUGUGGGUCUUUCUGCCUCCUGUAUGUGUGUGAAUGCACAGCAGCACUCUUGAUGAUGUAUGCUGAGCAGUGUGCACCUGCUUCACACACAUAGCGGUAGAGGCUGUCAGAAAGACUUCUAAACACUGAAUAGAAACACAGGACCUCUAGGUGAUGUUUCUUCAGCUGAUUUCAUCUUUUGAGAUCUGCUUAGUGUUGCUUCUGAGUUGCGUGCUGAGAGGAUUAGCCUUGCUUUCAUCCAGCAUCACCUCCUGCUAGUUCAAAAUGAGAACUGAAAACUGCUCCUACCCGGGUGGGACUUAAACUCUGCACAGCCUAAGAGGUUCCAUAGGAGUCAGCUUCAUGCCAGCACAGAAAGUCAGAGGUGAAAGUUUCUUAUAAAAUAAGAUCAAGAAACCUAAGAUAGCAACUACUUCAGUUAAACUUUCUGUGCUGUGCAAAGAUCAGCUGCAGAGUCAGACUUCUCUUUUUCCUGAUUCUGAAUUCUAAAUGUUAACUCCUGUAAGAAAUGUAGUUCUUAAAGUGAGGGGACUUUUGUUAGGCCCCCAUGGUAAACAACACUGCUUUAGCAUUAAUCGGAAUAAAGAUAACGCCUGUUUGGAA